GAUUGAAAUUGUUGCCCCCAAGUGCACUGAAAGUGAAAUUUGUUUGGCUUUUUCUGCACACUUCCAACCAUAAAGUGUCGAUUUUUAGGUCGUUCAAUCGUUGAAAAGUGAAAACAAAAUAGUAAAAACAGCAGCAGCCGGCUGGAGCGGGCAAGUGGAGUUUGAAAUCUCGUGACACGUUCCCCCCCGGCGGUGGCACAUGUUGGCAUGUGCCUUCGCGGGCCUGUGAGAUAGUGCGUGCGUUCGUGUGUGUUGUAUUAGUGUAUGCAAAUGUGUGUGUUUUUUGAUUUGUAAAACCCUCCAUGCUUUUAUCCCGGAAAGCAGCGCAGCAGCACGCAGAAUCGAUUAAAUGUCCCAUCUCUUGUGCCGGUUGUGAAUAACACCAUAACACAAAACAGAGUCCGUACCAACCCAGUUUGUGUUUUGUUCGUACGUGUGUGUGUGUGUGUGUGUGCUAAAAGCUGAACAACAACAAUGACCGAGCGGAAGUUCACCCGCGGGCUUAACAAGCCCGGCAUGGCGGCACAGCUGAGGGAAAACAUCUCGCAAGUUGUACGUGAAUCCACCUCACUUACCAAACCGAUCAUAGUAGAACCGAUCGACUUCGAGGCGUUUGUGGUGAAAAACCGGACACUCAUACAGAACGACCCGCAGCGAGAGCUGCUGCUUUAUCCAAACGAUGACGUAUCGGAGAUCCUACAGCCAAAGAAGUUCCGCACCGUGCACAGCAACAUUCCCGGUCACGUGUCGCAGGCGGCCACCACCACCAGCACCAAUUGGUCGAGCAAACGUAGUAACAGUGGGGCGGACUCUGCGGCAAGCAGCCAAAACGGUACGCCGACCAGCAAUCGAUCUCAGACGUCGUCUGCAUCGUCGUCGUCGUCAUCAUCGUCGGCAGGUUCCGGCGGCGGUACGGCGAUCGGUGGACUGUUGCUUACCCGGCAGGCCCUGCACACGUACAACUCGCCGAACCAUCUGAUCCACUACAAGUACAGCAAGUACGGCGGGACGUGUUACGAUCUGCCACGAAUAUCACCGUCGGAGGAGCUGCGGGAGGAGGUGUACGAGGUGGACACGGAUCCGGACCGGCUGGACGAGCAGAUGACCCGCUCCCAGGCGGACACGAUCGCGAAGCAGGGCUACCUGUUCAAGGGCCCGGACACCAACUCCGACCGCAUGUUUGCCCACAUCGGGUCGAAGUCGUUCAAGAAGCGGUACUGCUACCUGCGCCAGGAGAUCGACGGCACGUACAUACUCGAGCUGCACAAGGACGAGAAGCAGGCGGAGGCGAAGGCCACGAUCGUGAUGGACUUCUGCACCGAGGUGGUGCCGAACCCGAAGAAGGGCCGGUUCUGCUUCGAGCUGCGGAUGAAGAUGAACGAGGGCCAGCACGGCAAGUCGGUGACGCUGGCGGCGGACGACGAGGCGGAGAUGGAGGACUGGCUGCGCAAAAUCUCGUCCGUGCUGCAGCAGAACAAGCUGCAGGAGGACAAGCGGGUCGCGUCGCUGGAACGGGCGGCGGCACCGCUAGCCACCGCGAACGCCAACACCGCCACGAUGCCUGCCAGCCCGUGCAGUACGAUGCAGUACGGCACGCUCAAGGGACUGGAGCAGAGCAUGAACCCGCAGCUGAAUCGGUACGCGCGCGAAACGGACCAAUCGAUCGCGCAGGCCCGGCGGGACAGCCGGAAGCGGCUGUUCGGCGGGCAGCAGCUGCUCUACCUGCAGUCGGGCGGCACUGUCGGCGGUGGUGGUGGGAGAGGUGGUGGUGCGGCACCGCUGGCCGGGGGAGUGGCGAGUGCGGCCGCGCCGAGCAGGUCGGAAGCGUUCAUCGAACCGUACCGGGAGCAGUUCGGGCAGCGCAUUCUGAUCAAGUGCGACUCGCUGCGGUUCCGGCUGCUGGGCCCGAUCGAUGGGGUGAAUGGACCGCCGGUGCCGGAUUCGGAUGCGCCGCUCUGUCAGAUCGAACCAUACCUCACGAGCGUAGCGCUGUACGAUGCCCGAGCCGGCCGAAAGUUGAGCGAAAAUUUCUAUUUCGAUCUCAACAAAGAGCACGUGCACGAACUGCUGACCGGCAGUUGCAAAGCCGAGCGGCCCGUCUGUGCCUCCCCGAACGCGGCCAACAAAGCGCACCACAAUGGCAACGGCACGCUGAAACCGGGCCGCACCAAAUGUGACACGCACAGUGACGAGCUGCACUCGGCGGCGGUCACCAAAGAGUGGCUGGCCCGUGCGAGGCAAGCCAUUUUCAACGUGACCGUACCGCACGCGGACAUCUUUAUCGUGGUGCGGAUCGACAAGAUACUGCAGGGUGCCAUCAAUCCGUCGGUCGAGCCGUACCUGAAGACGACCAAAGACCCGAAGGUGCUGUGCAAGCUGCAGAAGACGAUCAAGCAGUACGCGCAAAAGUGUGGCCACUAUCGGAUGCCGUUCGCGUGGGCCGCCCGGCCACUGUUUCAGCUGUACAGCAACGAUCUGGACACGUCGUACGAGUUCCCGGCCAUCUACCGGCAGGAGGGCGCGAAGCUGAAGGACGAGGAGCUGCUGAAGCUGCUGGCCGAGUACAGGAAGCCGGACAAGUUCAGCAAACUGACUGUGAUACCGGGCUCCUUGAAGAUUUACAUUGAAGCACUGAACGAACUGCCCAACAACUGCCUUACAAACAGUUUGGUACCGUUAAAUCCGUUCCCCAUUCCACCCGUCGCGGAUCCGACCGUCGAGGUGACGGAAUUUGCCAACAGCUCCGAGCAACACCUCCAUCCCUUCGUACACUUUGUGAACCAUCUGUUUGUGUAUCCGCUGCAUUUGAACUACGAUAGUCAGAAGCAUUUCUCUCGAGCCCGUAAUUUGGCUGUGAUCGUGGAGCUUCGCGACAGCGAUACGGCCGAAGCCAAAUCGAUUGAGUGUAUCUACGGAAGACCCGGUCAGGAGCAGCUGGUCUCGCAAAUGUCUUGCCCGGUGCUGCACCACAACACCAGCCCGACCUGGUACGAGGAGAUCAAGCUGCGCCUUCCGCUCAACAUUACGCCCCAGCAUCAUUUGCUGUUUUCCUUCUUCCACGUGUCGUGCAAUAUUGCGAAAAAGAAAGACCUCACCACUACCAGCACCGAGCAGGCGGUCGGGUUCGCUUGGGUGCCCCUGCUGGCGAAAGGGAAAAUCAACGUCGAGGAACAGUGUCUGCCGGUGGCGACCACCCUGCCAGUGGGCUAUUUGUCGAUCCAGCCGCUCGGUUUGGGCAGAGGGCAGAACGCCGGUCCGGAUGUGCAGUGGAUCGACAACCAGCGGCCCAUCUUCACCGUCAGCCUGCGGCUCGACUCGACCGUGCUGACCACCGACCAGCACCUGCACAAUCUCUUCCUGCACGCGGAACGCUUGCUGGAGCACACGAAAACGAUCGCCCCGCCGGACACGACGGAAACGUGCAAGAUCCUGAAGGCGGCCCACGCGAUACAGAUCGGUUCGCUGAUCACGUUUUUGCCCACCAUACUGAACCAGCUGUUUGCGCUGCUCGUAGCGACCGGCAGCGAGGAGGUGGGCCUGAACAUCAUACGCCUGCUGGUCAAUCUCUUUCACAUGGUGGCGGAGGACGCGAAGCGCAAGGAGCUGCUCAGUGCGUACGUGAAGUACGUGUACCGCAUCGACAGCCAGCCGGCGGGCGGGAGCUCGCCGACCGCGCAGCAGCACACCGUCCAUGGGGAGCUGUGCCGGCAUCUGCUCACGCUGCUCCACCCGAACAAUACGGACUUCUUGGUGGUGAACAAGUUUCUGAAGUUUUCCGGCAUCUUUUUCGAGGUGAUUGUGAAGAGCAUGGCACAGUAUCUGCUGUCGACCGGGCGCAUCAAGAUGCAGCGGAACGAGCGGUUUCCGAAGGAGUUUUGCAGCCGCAUCGAGGCACUGUUUCAGGUGCUGGUGCCGUACAUCAACUCCCGCCACAAGGACCUGCCGAUGGAGACGGAGCAGCUCAAUCAGAGCUUGUCCGUGUUUGUGAAGCGCUGCCUGUCGUUCAUGGACCGUGGGUUUGUGUUUCGGUUGAUACGGGUGUAUAUGGACCGGUGGGGACCGGGUGAUUCGCGCAUCCUGCACGAGUACAAGUUUAGCUUCCUGCGGGAGGUGUGUUCACACGAGCACUACGUACCGCUGAACCUGCCCUUCAUGCUAACGCCCAACAAUCGGGCGCCGGAUCUGCUGCAACAGUUCUGCCUGUCGGAGGAGUACUGUCGGCAGCACUUCCUGGUGGGCAUUUUGCUGCAAGAGGUGAAGAGUUCACUGAACGAAGUGAACCACAUUCGAAGGCUGGGGUUGGUUACGCUGAAGGAGCUGCUUGCCAAGCACGAUCUGGACGAUCGCUACCAGAACAAGGGCCAGCAGAGCCGGCUGGCGAUGCUGUACGUGCCCUGGCUGGGGAUUGUGCUGGAGAACCUUAACCGCAUAUCGGACGGGACGGAUCGGAAGGGCAAACAUCUUGAUCCGGUCGGUGCCAAUCGUAUGUCGUGCAGCAGUAGCUACGUAUUCGCGCGCGACUCGCUGCCCACGCUGCCCACGACGGCGACACCGUCCGCCGUGGCCUCCCAAACCAGCACACCAAAGUCCCGCUCGAACCGGGUGACGAUGUUUAUCGAGUACACGAGCCCGAUCCGCUCGUCGCUGCAUCUGAAGGAUACGAGCUUUCUGGCGGCCAUCGCCGGACAGGGACAGGCUUCCGCCGCCCUGUCCAAUGGGCACUCGAGCAGCUCGCUCAACUCGGAGUGCUCCACGCUGUCGCAGGACGGUACGGUGGUGAUACGGAACCAGUUCAACGACUCGUCGUACGCCAACUCGGCCCGCCCGAGCCACGCCCGGUCGGUGAGCGUGACGCAGCCCACCAUCAUCCAGCGGACGGACAAGUUUUCCGUGACGGAAACCAAAGAUCUGCUCGUCAGCUUCCUGUUCGUGGUGAAGCAUCUGGCGCCGGAGCACAUGAUCGCCUGGUGGCACAACUGCACCGAAAGCGAGACGGUACAGUUCUUUACCGUGCUCGAUCUGUGCCUGCUGUACUUCCGGUACGUGGGCAAAAAGCACGUCCAGGUGCCGGCGGACGGGGGGCGCGAUGCGAAGAGUAGCAAGGCGGCGAAAGCGAGCACGCUGCCGGCGCGGGUACUGCCGCCCAGCGCAACGAACGGCGGCGAGGCCGGGUUCGAGUCGGGCACGCUGAACCACACGGCGAACCGGGAAAAUCUGGUCGAGGAAACGUGGCGCCUCAAGCAGGCCCUGUACGAGUCGAACCUGGCGACGGAGAUCGGGCUGAUCGUGCUGGACUGCAUUGGGCUGUACUCGGUCCAGUUCCGCGAGUCGAUGCUCGACGGCACGGUGCUGCCGAAGAUUGCGCGCGUCUAUCUGCGCUUCCUGCAGCUCGGCCAGUCGGAGUCGCUCUCCAAGCACGUGUUUGCGGCGCUGCGCGCCUUCAUCAACAACUUCUCGCAGGCCCUGUUCAAGGGUACGGCCGUGCUGUGCGGCCAGCUGGUGUACGAGCUGCUCAAGUGCUGCGACAGCCGGCUGGCCAGCCUGCGGCAGGAGGCGUGCGCCGUGCUGUAUCUGCUGAUGCGCAGCAACUUUGAGUUUAGCGGCCGGAAGGGGCUGACGCGCGUCCAUCUGCAGGUGAUCAUUUCCGUGUCGCAGAUGAUCGGCAACGUGAUCGGGCUGAACAAUGCGCGCUUCCAGGAGUCGCUGUCCACGAUCAACAACUACGCGAGCAGCGAUAAGGCGAUGAAGGGUACGGGCUUCCCGAUGGAGGUGAAGGAUUUGACGCGCCGCGUGCGCACCGUGCUGAUGGCUACGGCACAGAUGCAGGCGCACCACAUGGACCCGGAACGGUUGCUGGAGCUGCAGCACUCGCUCGCCAACUCGUACGCUUCCACGCCCGAGUUGCGCCAGACCUGGCUAACGACGAUGGCCAACAAUCAUCUGCAGAAUGGAAACAUCUCCGAGGCGGCCUGCUGCUAUCUGCACAUUGCCGCGCUCGUGUCGGAGUACCUCAAGCUGAAGGGUUGCUGUCCGGUGGCGCUUGGGGCGGAAUCGUUCGGGCGUAUCUCGCGCAACAUUCCGCGGGAUGAGAAGGGCCUGAAGCUGGACAGUGGCACGCAGGACUCGCAGUACACGGAACAGUUUCUGCUGGAGCGGUUGAAGGAGUGCGCCGACUACUUGGAUCGGGCCGAGCGGCUCGAGUGUCUCGGGGAGCUGUACCGGUUGAUCGUGCCGAUACUGGAAUCGCGGCGGGAUUAUCCGGGGCUGACGCAGUGCUACGAGCAUCUGGCACAGGCGUACACACGGGUGAUCGAGUUCAACAAGUCGGGCAAGCGUUUGCUGGGUCGGUUCUACCGUGUGAUCUUCUUCAGUCAGCUUUAUUUUGAGGAGGAAAACGCUGUGGAGUACAUUUACAAGGAGCCAAAGCUGACGUCGCUGAGCGAAAUUUCCGAACGAUUGGACAAGCAGUACAGGGACAAGUUUGGGGCGGAUAAUGUUAAGAUAUUGAAGGACUCGGCACCUGUUGAUCAAUCGACACUGGAUCCAAAGAUUGCCUACAUUCAGGUGACGCACGUAACGCCCUACUUCUGCAAGGACGAGCUGGAAAUGAGACCGACGGAGUUCGAGCAAAACCAUGACGUCGACACGUUCAUGUACGAAACACCGUUCACACCGUCCGGCGCCGCCCACGGCACUGUAGAGGAUCAGUGGAAACGAAGAACGAUCUUGACGACUCUACACAGCUUUCCGUACGUGUUGAAGCGUAUCCCGGUGCGCGAUCGGCAAUCGCACGAGCUCAGCCCCAUCGAGGUAGCGAUCGACGAGAUGCAGACGAAGGUGGCCGAGCUGGAGGAGAUCGUAAUGGGUCCGAUCGAUCUGAAGAAGCUGCAGCUACGGCUGCAGGGCAGUGUGGCGGUGACGGUGAACGCUGGCCCGCUUGCGUACGCGUCCGCCUUUCUCGACCCGGCCAAAGUUAGCACCAAAAAGUACCCACUGGACAAGGUGGAAGAUUUGAAGGAAGUGUUCCGCGAUUUUAUAAAAAUCUGCUACACGGUCCUGCAAAUCAACGCCAACCUUAUCUCGUCCGAUCAGCGCGAGUACCACAACGCGCUGAAGGAGAACUACGAAAACCUCUGCUCGGCGUUGAGCGAUCUGCUGGGCGAGAUCGUGUACCCGCUGGACGAUGGGAAUAAUAACGCGCACCGGCACAGCUUGGCCCUGUUCAGUGCAAUCAGCGGUGCACCAACGAACUCCAGCACUGCCUAAGUCCCGUCGGUCGGUGGAAAUUGGUUUCAGUAGCAUUGGGCGUUGGAAGGGAUGCAUAAAAAUUGCGAUCAAAUUAAAUACUCCGAACCCCGAACGGGUGGGUUUGAGGAAUAGACAACAAUGUAGGGAUAGAACACACAUGCACACACACGUACCACAAGGCAUAGAUGAAUCCACUGGCACAAUGUUGCUCACGUUCCAGCGAGCACAGAGCAUUGCCACAAAGCUAUGAGUAAGUUUACUCGGUACGAUUCGCCGAAAUUCUACCAAGUAGAGGUCAAUUUUUAUCCACGUUUAAACUAAAGUCAACAGUAAUACUCUCAUUGCGCUGGGUUUUAUUUUUUACCCCGUAUGUAGAUCGUGUUGUUUCGUAAAGUAUAUUUAACAAAAAAAAACAGGCUUUACACCGUCGUUGGUUUCGAUUGAAUAUUUUAUACUAAAACUAAUGAUGUGUGAGAUAUUGUUCAUACUAUAGCUUCUUCUAACUUCUUUCGUAACUUCUCAAAAGCUCUCCGCAUAGCGGGAUCAUUGUUUCUCGAAAUUACUUCUAAAUUGUAAACAGUUUAUCCACAAAAAAAAACAACAACACAAUUGUUUCGUUCAAAACGAAUCUCAAACGUAUCUGAAGCGCACAUCACGAAGCAGUAAACAAAAACAUAGAAAACACGCCCGCCACAUCACGUUUUUUGGGAACGACAAAGUAACAUGAUUAAGAUAAAAAACAAAGAAAACAAACAUAUAAACACUAAUUAAAGGCAUUCAAAUCUUUAGGGAGAAAAUGCGCCUCAAACAAUCGAUCGCACGCGCGCGCGCCCGCGCACCUGCUCGAUCGAUCCGUUUGAUGGGCCAUUUUCAAAUUGGAACUUACCUCGCAUAACUUAGUUUCAGUUUUUGUGGUCCUAUUUGUGUGCUUUGUGUGGACAACCAACGAACAACACGAAUCGAAAGAUCAUAUUGGAACGCGCUCUGGCAAACCUCUUACCAAACGCUGUCGCUGUACAUAUAUAUAUAUACAUAUAUUUUUGCGUUGUGUAAGUGAAGUAGAGUUUUAUUGUUGUUGUUGUCGUCCUGAAUUAUUGUAAGCUUGCACGUGUUUGCGUGAAGACCGUACAAAAAGAAAAACAAGCAAUCCCGCGUGCGCUCUCUAUCUCCGUAAGGUGUGGGAUUUGUAAUACACCCAGCCUGCACCACGCGCCAAGCUUUCCUGUGUGUAUGUAUGUAUGAUAUGUAAUGAUUUUCCUGUACGUUUAAGAUUUUGUUAAUUAUUGUUACCCUUUUUGGUAAGAUUGUGCUUACACACAUACGCAAGCCAUACAGCCAUUAUACUGUAGAGAAGAAGAAAGGAAAAAAACGGAUACAAAUUAACUAUCCCUUUUGAAGGUAACAGCUCGCUCAGAUGAAAAUCCCGUAUAACAAAAUGCUUCCUCUCCUGUACUGUGUGUAGAGCGGUGGUUCACUAAAACCCCCCAUAAGCAAAGACUGCCAAUACUAAUCGGAAAACUACUCAAACGACUCAAUUUUAUCGAAUCUUACACCAACACGUGUUUUUUCUAAACCGUUUUUGCACCAAUUUUAAACCAUCUUACUAUCAUCCUGUUCGUCUCUAUACAAACUUAUAUAGAAAAAUCAAAACAAAACAAUAACGUAUGUACGCAAACAAUACAGUGUCACAAGGAAACGUUUUGUUCUUUAAUUUAAGUAGAUAGUUUUUUAAUGGUAGCGAUAGUGAAGCUGCUGCGUGUGCCCUCAGGCACAACGUUGGCUUCAGCCCCCCACAAAACAGUAAGGUAAAACACCAUAGUAAGCAGCUGUCCGGAUGGCCAAAUCACCAAAUCACCGACAGAGGAAGACGGCGUAAGGUGGAAAUGCCAAUUGUGACACUAUUAUAGUUUACAGACCGAAAGGAGAAAGUUAAGACACUUGUUUAAGGUGUGUACUUUUGGGUAGCGAGUUCUAGGAUUUAUAGGUUUAACAGAUCUUUUAAUAUUGUUUUAAUUUCAUUUAUAAGCGCAAACUGUAAACAAAAAUUGUAGCAAAUUGAAACGAGUUCGUACUCGUACUCGUACUGUGGAGCAAGCAGAAGCAGAAGCUUAUUUAUGAAACAUUAGUUCGAAAAUAACCAACACAACAGCUACUUCCUAUUACUGUGAGUAUGUAAGACGUUUGUUUAUUCCAAUUUAAACCACCACCCAAUUAGAAUCUGCAGGACUGCACUCUAUUCCAAUUAUCUUCUAUUCCACUUAAACCACCGCCCAAUUAGAUUCUGCAGGACUGCACUAGUCAGAACCAGCUUCCCGCUCCUUAUCAUCCGCUUUGUACGAGAAUAAUCGUCUAUGUUUAUGUGUGAAUAUUUAAACGCUAUUGCGCAUAACGAUUUCUGUUUUCCGUUGAAGGCCGUUUGCCAGCGGCUAGCUUUGCACUUAUGAAUCUUUCCAACAAAAAACCCAAGAGCUCUAUAUCGUAUGGCAUUGUAUUGUAUUAAAAAGCUUCGUUGUUAAACAUUCUCUGCCCUGCCAUAAAGGCACUGUCUCUGUGUUUUAAGCAUCAAGCAUCUUCUCAGUGGACCACACGUGUAGUGCGCACAAAUUGGCGUGCGCAAAAUGUGAUUAGCAGGCGCGCCCGGUGUUUGACCGCGCGCGCUCUAUCAGUAUCGUUGUUAUGUGUUACGUGUGUCGCUGUUUUGUUGCCUCCCGAACACAAGUGUGUGUGUAUUUGUCCAUUUAUAAACUAUCGUUUAUUGAGGGGAGGGAGAGAAACAUAAAAUCACAAGCUAUUUGAAACGUACAACAUGGGGCGGAGACGUUCAUUUAUGGCCCCCUGUAACAAAUAACAAACGAUCAAAAGCAAAACACCGUGACGCUGGAACAGGAAUUACUCAGACGCUAGAAAUUAAGUAGGUCAUAUUGAAAGACGGGAAUGAGACUAGAAUGCGCGAAAUAUUGUGUAACAGCAAACAACAAAUUAUACACAAACACUUUUCACAAAAUAGUGAUAAUAAUAGUCAAAACAAGCAAAGAAUGUAUGCAAUUCAAAUUCUUAACGUAGCCGGUGGUUGCGUAAAAUUCAAAUUCAAGAAGCAGCAACACCAUCCCCCUUUGCACUCGCGUUACCGCACAGAGGGUGGCUUUAAAUCAAAUAAACAAUAGUAGGAUCAUUAUUCCUGGAUUACAUUA